UCCUUCUAAUCGUUCGUAUCAACUCGUCUCCUUCUUCAGUAUUAACAGAGGAGUGAAGAGCCAUGAAAGCUUUGUUGGGAUUGGAGCUUACAGUCUCUAUCACAACACCCACUCUUCUCUUUAACUCCUCUAUUCCUUUCCCGGAAAAAUCACUUCGAUCAACAACGACAGCUCUGAAGGUCCCGCCUUUAUCUUCUCCAUUUCUUCUCCCGUCACCCACCAACCAGAUAACAAGAAGAAAACCAUGUCACAGCUCCACGACGAGUGCUGAAACAGUUACGAAUGUUGGUGAGGCUGAAAUUGCGGAAGGGUACACCAUGAAUCAGUUCUGUGAUAAGGUAAUCGAUGUUUUCUUGAAUGAGAAGCCGAGGGUCAAAGAAUGGAGGAAGUAUUUGGUGUUCAGAGAAGAGUGGAACAAGUACAGGGAGAGCUUCUAUCAUCGGUGUCGAAGCCGGGCUGAAACCGAAGGCGACACAACUAUGAAGGAAAAGUUGACUUCACUUUUAAUGAAGGUGAAAAAGAUUGAUGAGGAAAUGGAUCGGAACAAUGACCUUCUUAAGGAGAUACAAGACAGCCCAACGGACUUAAAUGCAAUAGUUGCAAGAAGGCGCAAAGACUUCACAGGGGAAUUUUUCCGUUACCUCACCCUACUUUCUGAAAACCUUGACAGUUUGGAGGACCGCGAUGCCGUGGCCAGGCUGGGAGCUAGAUGCUUGUCUGCUGUCCGUGUUUUCGAUAGUACAUUGGAGAAUCUGGAGACGUUAGAUUCUGCCCAGACAAAGUUUGAUGAUAUCCUCAACUCACCUUCAGUCGAUGUGGCUUGUGAAAAGAUUGAAAGCCUUGCCAAAGCAAAGGAACUGGACUCUUCUUUGAUUUUACUAAUAAACGGCGCAUGGGCUGCAGCAAGAGAGUCCAAAACUAUGAAAAAUGAGGUCAAAGACAUCAUGUAUCGUUUAUAUAAAGCCACCAAAAGUAGUCUUAGAAGCAUUGCGCCAAAGGAAAUAAAGCUACUCAAGCAUUUGCUGAACAUAACCGAUCCUGAAGAGCGAUUCUCUGCAUUGGCGACUGCUUUCUGCCCUGGUGAUGAUAUUGAAGCAAAGGACCCUUAUGCUAUGUACACUACUCCCAAGGAGCUGCACAAGUGGGUAAAGAUCAUGCUUGAUGCAUACCAUCUCAAUAAGGAGGAAUCCGACAUAAGAGAAGCCAAGCAUUUGACUCAGCCUAUGGUUAUACAAAGGCUACUCAUGCUAUAUGAAACUAUUGAAGAAGAAUACCUGGAAAAAACCUCAUUUCGAUCACCUCAGACGGACGGGAAAACUGAUUUGGACGAGCUAUGAGGCACUGUCCAAUUCUCAGCAAUACUUUUAAAAUCGGACUUCACUUCUUCAUGAAGAGAUUGCAUUAUGGUUUCAUGACGAAGCCUGAAGGAGGCACACCUGCCCAGAGUGAAUAUGAUUUUUUUUGCGAACCACUUAUUGUUGUAUGAUGUGCUAUCAAUGUUAGUUGUUUGAAACUGGAAAUGGCUUGAUGGCCCAAAUUUCUUCAACCUUCCCUUGAUGCCGACUGGUGUGAUAUAUAUAUAUGUAUUACAAAAAAAAUUAUAUACAUUAGUAUUUGUAAAACUUACCAAUCCUGGGAAUUGCCCUUA